AUGGUAAACUCUGGAGAGCGGGGGACUGGGGGGGACCGGGGGGACCGGGCUGUGGAGAGCGGGGGACCGGGGGGACCGGACUGUGGAGAGCGGGGGACCGGGGGGACCGGACUGUGGAGAGCGGGGGACCGGGGGGACCGGACUGUGGAGAGCGGGGAUCUGGGGGGGACCGGGCUCUGGAGAGCGGGCAUCUGGGGGGGACCGGACUGUGGAGAGCGGGGCACUGGGGGGGACCGGGCUCUGGAGAGCGGGCAUCUGGGGGGGACCGGGCUGUGGAGAGCGGGGAUCUGGGGGGACCGGGCUGUGGAGAGCGGGGCACUGGGGGGGACCGGGCUCUGGAGAGCGGGGAUCUGGGGGGACCGGGCUCUGGAGAGCGGGGCACUGGGGGGGACCGGGCUGUGGAGAGCGGGGAUCUGGGGGGACCGGGCUCUGGAGAGCGGGGCACUGGGGGGGACCGGGCUCUGGAGAGCGGGGAUCUGGGGGGACCGGGCUGUGGAGAGCGGGGAUCUGGGGGGACCGGGCUGUGGAGAGCGGGCAUCUGGGGGGACCGGGCUGUGGAGAGCGGGGCACUGGGGGGACCGGGCUCUGGAGAGCGGGGAUCUGGGGGGACCGGGCUCUGGAGAGCGGGGAUCUGGGGAGACCGGGCUCUGGAAAGCGGGCAUCUGGGGGGACCGGGCUCUGGAGAGCGGGGAUCUGGGGAGACCGGGCUCUGGAGAGCGGGGAUCUGGAGCCGGAAGCGUCACGUAA